GCCGCCGCCCACCCCCCGUUUUCCGAGCUGGCGUGGCGACGCAAACUCACAAAUAUUUACUUCCUGUACAUCAAGAGGAAAGGGGGCCCCCCUUUCGUGGAAUGCGGCAACAUGGGUGUGUUUGACCGCGGAGUUCAGAUGCUGCUGACCACGGUGGGGGCCUUCGCCGCCUUCAGCCUGAUGACCAUCGCCGUGGGCACAGACUACUGGCUGUACUCUCGCGGCGUCUGCAAAACCAAGAGCACCAACGAGAACGAGACCAGCAAGAAGAACGAGGAGGUGAUGACGCACUCGGGCCUCUGGAGGACCUGCUGCCUGGAAGGUUCUUUUAAAGGCAUGUGCAAGCAGAUCGAUCACUUCCCAGAGGAUGCUGACUAUGUGGCGGAUGCUUCCGAGUACUUCCUACAUAUCUUCUGA